AUGCGAUUCCUCAUCUUGGCUCUUCUCGUGCUCUUCGCCAUCACCCAGGCCUAUCCAUCAUCGGACUAUCAACCACGUCACCGAAAAAGCCAGACUCAAGAGGCUAACAUCCAGCCAUUCAUCCGCUUCCGCAAAUCGACUCAACCUCAACAAAACUGGAUGUUCCGCCCGGAUGCCGCCCCAUAUUUUGAAUAA